AUGAGCAAUAGCAUCAUGAGCUCAAGAGGAGGGGAAGAGUAUCAUACAUUACUGCUUGGGUUAGACUCCCAUACACGGAUUUCAGACCUGUCGUCGGACGUCGUCGAAGACUUCCUUGCACACAGGCCGGUGGCAGCGAGGUGGUGGACACGCCUCAUUGCUUGGGAGUCAAGGCUAUUGUGGCUACUCUCUGGGGCUUCUAUUGUGGUGUCUGUAUUCAACUACAUGCUUAGCUUUGUAACACUUAUGUUUGUUGGACAUUUGGGUGCCUUGGAGCUUGCUGGUGCCUCUGUUGCUAGUGUGGGCAUUCAAGGCCUUGCUUAUGGAAUUAUGUUGGGAAUGGCAAGUGCAGUACAAACAGUAUGUGGGCAAGCCUAUGGUGCAAAACAAUAUUCAUCAAUGGGACUCAUAUGCCAAAGAGCAUUCAUACUUCAUCUUGGAGCAGCCAUCCUAUUAACCUUCCUAUACUGGUUUUCAGGCUCCAUCCUUAGAUCCAUAGGUCAAUCAGAGAGUAUAGCACAGCAAGGACAGAUUUUCGCACGCGGUAUAAUCCUUCAAUUAUAUGCCUUUGCUCUAAGCUGUCCAAUGCAGAGGUUUCUUCAAGCUCAAAAUAUUGUCAAUCCUAUAGCAUUUAUGUCAGUUGGAGUGUUGUUGUUGCAUAUACUUGUUACUUGGUUGGUUGUUGAUGUUUUGGAGUAUGGACUAAUUGGAGCUUCUCUUACACUAAGUUUUUCUUGGUGGGUUUUAGUCAUUGUGAAUGGAAUUUACAUAUUGUUUAGUCCUAAUUGUAAGGAUACUUGGACUGGCUUUUCUUUCAUGGCUUUUACAGGAAUUUGGCCUUAUUUUAAGCUCACACUUGCUUCUGCUGUCAUGUUGUGCUUAGAGAUCUGGUACAACCAAGGAUUGGUGCUUAUAUCAGGACUCUUGUCUAAUCCUACAAUUUCACUAGACUCAAUUUCUAUUUGCAUGAAUUAUUUGAACUGGGACAUGCAGUUCAUGUUAGGACUAGCUGCUGCAGCCAGUGUAAGAGUGAGUAAUGAGCUAGGAGCAGGACAUCCAUCUGUUGCAAAAUUCGCGGUGCUAGUAGUGAAUGGGACUAGUAUCAUGAUCAGUAUAAUGUUUAGUGCUAUUGUGUUAAUAUUCAGAGUUGGGUUAAGCAAGGCUUUCACCACUGAUUCUGAGGUCAUUGAUGCUGUAUCUAACUUAACCCCUUUGCUUGCCAUCUCAGUCUUCUUCAAUGGCAUCCAGCCUAUUCUUUCUGGGGUGGCAAUUGGAAGUGGAUGGCAAGCUGUUGUGGCAUAUGUAAAUCUAGCUGCAUAUUACAUAAUUGGUCUCCCAAUUGGUUGUGUAUUAGGUUUUAAGACUAGCUUAGGAGCUGCAGGAAUAUGGUGGGGGAUGAUCGUUGGUGUACUAUUGCAAACUGCAACAUUGAUAGUUUUGACUGCUCGAACCAAUUGGAACACAGAGGUUGAGAAGGCGAUUGAUCGUUUACGGAAGUCAGCCAAUGAAGAGACGACAAUUCUGAGCUUGGCCAACACUACAUGAAUGGCACAAAAACAAGCAUUUUGGUGUAGCUAAUUUUGCUGUCCACACAUGCAUUAUCAAGUCAUAUUCAACUGGUAGCUUUAUGAGAUGAAAGUGACUUCUUAUUUUCAGCAGAAUGUAACCAAAUAAUCGAGAUUACAAGCAAUCACCAUUGACCACUCAUGAUCGAUCCUAGAUUAGCAAUUGCUAAUUUUCAUCAUUGAUGAUAAUAUGAUCUAUCAUUAUUAAGUCUACACGAAUUUGUUCUCAAUUAAUGGUCUGAAAUGACUAUUUUUGAUUG